UCCUGUACAGCCGCUCUGCAGAUGGAGGUUCGUACAUUGUAGGAUCCUCUCCGUGGAUAUCUUCUACGUGACAUCAUUUUCCUGGAUGGACAGUGACAGAGACAAGAUGGCGGAGAGAAUAUUAAAUCUCAUCCUGGAGAUCGUCUUCCGGCUUACUGGAGAGGAAUACACAGUGGUGAAGAAGACCUCUAGUGAGGCUCCUGUGUCUGAAGGAUGGGGAGGAACCCUGAAUCCCAUCAAGGGACCUCCACCUCACCCCCUGAUUCAUGAGGAGAUCAAUGAAGAGAAGAUCCUAGAUCUCAUCCACAAAAUCAUUGAGCUACUGACUGGAGAGGUUCCUAUAAGGUGUCAGGACAUCACCGUCUAUUUCUCCAUGGAGGAGUGGGAGUAUAUAGAAGGACACCAGGAUCUGUACAAGGACGUCAUGAUGAAGGAUCACAGACCCUACACAUCACCAGCGAGAUCCAGUAAGAGAACAGCACCGGGGAGAUGUCCCAGUCCACAGGAUGGUUCAGAAGAGCAUCACAGUGUCCUACAAGAUGAUCAGCUUUUGGAUCAGGGUAAUCUGAAGCAGAGUAAUGCUGCGGCCAUAAUGAAAGAGGAGGAGACUUAUGUGAGGGGUAAUGAGCAGUGCAACGGAAACCUUCCUAAAGACAACCGCCCAGAUGAUUGUACCGGGAGAUCAGAGGGACAUCCGAUAUCUUCAGAUUCUAAUGCAGAUAAUUAUAUCACACAAGAUAUUUACAAGGAUCACACCAUUAUCCCUGAGAAACCCUUGCCCCUUCAUAGCAAAGAUCUACUGGGUGUUAAACAUCAAAGAGCAAAGGAGAAGCCGUUUUCAUGUUCGGAAUGUGGACAGUGUUUUAGCCACAAAUCGUCCCUCGUUAAACACACUAGAAUUCACACAGGAGAGAAGCCUUACUCAUGUUCAGAGUGUGGGAAGUGUUUUAAGCGGAAAUCUGAUCUUGUGCCACACCAGAGAAUUCACACAGGGGAGAAGCCUUUUUCUUGUUCAGAAUGUGGGAAGUGUUUUAACUGGAGGCCGCAUCUUGCUAUACAUCAGAGAAUUCACACGGGGAUGAAGCCAUAUCCGUGUUCAGAAUGUGGAAAAUGUUUCACAAUCAAAUCAAAUCUUGCUAAACAUAAGAGAAUUCACACAGGGGAGAAGCCAUUUUCAUGUACUGAGUGUGGGAAGAGUUUUACAGAAAAAUCAACUCUUGUUAUCCAUGAGAGAUGUCACACGGGAGUGAAGCCGUUUUCAUGUGCUGAUUGUGGGAAAUAUUUUAGCCAGAAAUCGGUUCUUGUUGCGCAUCAGAGAAUUCACACAGGGUUGAAGCCUUUUUCGUGUGCUGAAUGCGGGAAUUGUUUUAAUCAGAAAUCUGAUCUUGUUGCACAUCAGAGAAAUCAUGCAGGGAUGAAGCCGUUUCCAUGCUCAGAAUGUGGAAAAUGUUUUACAAUUAAAUCAAAUCUUACGAAACAUAAGAGAAUUCACACAGAGGAGAAACCAUUUUCAUGUUUUCAAUGCGGGAAAUGUUUCAAACAUAAACCAACUCUUAUUCAACAUGAGAGAAGCCACACAGGGGCAAAGCCGUUUUCAUGUGCAGAUUGUGGGAAAUAUUUUAGCAGUAAAUCGAGUCAUGCUGUACAUCAGAGAAUUCACACAGGGGAGAAGCCAUUUUCAUGCUCUGAUUGUGGCAAAUGUUUUACUCAGAAAUCGUAUCUUGUUGAGCAUCUGAGAACUCACACAGGAGAGAAGCCAUAUUCAUGUUCUGAAUGUGGGAAAUGCUUUACGAAAAAAUCACAUCUCGCUACACAUCUAAGAACUCACACAGGGGAGAAACCGUAUUCGUGUUCUGAUUGUGGGAAAUGCUUUACGAAAAAAUCUUAUCUUUUUAAACAUGAGAAAAAUCACACAGGAGAGAAGCCAUAGGCCUGUUGAGAUUGUGAGAAACACUACAGUGUUUAUCAAAUCUUAUUACAAAUGAGAAAAUUCACAUGGGGGAGAAGACAUUUUCAUACCCAGAAAGUGGAAAAUUUUCUUACUGAGGAAUCAAGUGUUAUUGACAUCAGAAAUUCUCACACAAGGCCAAAGCUGUAGUCACGUCCUGAAUUUGGGAAGUCACAUCUUAAAGGAACACUUCAGGAUCAGAUUGAGGCAAAAUUCUUGUGCAUAUGCCAUGAGCCACAGUGUUUAAGAUAAAUUUUGCUCUUUGCUGUACAAAAGACGUGACUUUAAGGGGUUGUCUCACUUCAGUAAGUGGCAUUUAUCAUGUAGAGAAAUUUAAUACAAGACACUUACUAAUGUAUUGUGAUUAUCCAUAUUGCCUCAUUUCCACGGUUACAGACCACCCUGCAAUCCAUCAGUGGUGGUCGUGCGGCGGGCGGAGAGAGAGAGGCCGGGCGCUAGGGGUCACCUUUAAGAUGGAGUAGGUGGUGUUACUUGUUUUGUUACCUGUUUUGCAGCAACAAGGGCACAAGACCCCUUUUAGUGAUACGGUGGUAGAAGAUACGCAGGGUAGGAAUGCCAGAGUGGUGUAGGGUGGCCUAAUGUCUCUUAAAGGUGUUGCACUUGUCACGGUGCUCCUACCUGGAUACACUGGAACCCCAGGUGUGGCCAUCCGCUGCAGAAAAAUGGUAGUUGGUGAAGGGGAUGAUGAAAUAAAUUGAGUCCAGACCUUGUGAUGAACUUGAUAACAGCUUUACUUGAAUAAACUUUCAUCAGGAAACAAUCUUCCAGCUUUGUCUUGGUCACCAGCAGGCUUUGGCAUUAAUUCUGGCAGGCAAACACACUUGGCUCUGCUACAUCUGUUACUCUCUGGCUCUGCUGUGCUAACAGGAUUAAAUAGGAACUUUUCCUCUCCUUUCUUCUGUAUGCUGCAACUUGACUUUGUAAACUAGUCUGUCUCUCACUUUAUCCAGGGAACUUUCUCCUUGGCUUCAGAGGCUUAAGGCUUCUGCCUCUAGGUCAGGGAUCAGCAACCUCCAGCACUCCAGAUGUUACAAUGCCCAGAAUGCUCCAUUCACCUCUAUGGGAGUUGUGAGAACAACCAAGCAUGUUUUCAUGCUGAGAGUUGUAGUUUCCCAGCAGCUGAAGUUCCGAAGGUUGCUGAUCCCUGCUCUAGGUCCAGCAGGGCUGAAGGUGCUCUAGCUGGCUUAGAAAGGGCUCGCCCAGCAGGGACAAGCUCCUGCCGCACAACCUCCCUUGGCAGGGGGUAGGCUAGACUGACCCUUUCACUAACUAAAAACUUUUCCCCCAGAGGGAAAGAAGAGAAUGGAAAGAAGGUUCUAUCCUCUGUCCCUGUAGCUUUGCCAUGCUUGCCGCCAUCUGCUGGUGAACCAGACACAUUACACAUAAACAGUUACAAAAUCAGAAAUACAAAUACACAUUUUGUAGGAUCUGGAAAUAAGUGCACAGAUGACUAUCCAUAAGAGAUAGUGAAGAGGUAUAAAAGGU